AUGACAAUUAAAGAAUUUUUUGUAAAACUUACAACUGGAGAAUUAUCUUCAGAUUGUAAUAUAGAUAUAAUAAAUCCUGAGACAAUAGAACGUGUUGAGAUAAGCAAGGUACAGGAUGUGACAGCAACUCAAGUCAGCAUCAAUUGUAAUAUUAUAGAAGUUACAACAAGUGUAGGAAUAUAUAUGCAUUAUCGGCUCAAAACAGAAAAUCCAAAUUUUAAUUCAAAACAGCAACGAAAUAUAUUCACAAUUCUAAUGCAAAAUGCAUGUCGAACUCAGCUAUAUUUUCCAACUUUUGUACAAUCAGAAAAAUCGAAUCGUAAACAAAAAUUGCUCAGUGACAUUGUUGAAUAG